AUGACGUCAAGCGGAGGCAGCGGAAACAGGUAUGAGUGACAGUCAGAAAGUGCCAGAAACAGCCAGAGAAACAGAUAUAAACAUGACCUUUCGUAGGUUUAUUAAACACCAGCAGAUCUCAUAAUCACCGUCGAGCGUCAUGGGACGCGGUUAAACUAAGUCCGACGAGUUUGUCGCGUUUAAAGCAGUCCGCGGCUAAAGCAGGUUAGCAUUAAUGCUAACGUUUUAAAUAUAAGCGACCGUUUUGUUUUUUUGCAAUGUACAUAUUCACUAACGGCUCGACAGUUUCGUUUAAUGUCGUUUAAACGUAGUAUGUAAUGACAUUGUGUUUUUAGCCUGUGUUUAGCCAGUCUUCCGCGUUAAAUCUAACGUUACGUGUCCUUUAAGUUGUUGACACAUCACAGCAAGCCGCCGUGCGAAUGUAAACACGCCUAAAAUCCUGAUAUCUGUGUGUAUUUAAGAGGAGUUUGAAUUGUGAAGGACUCGGACUGUCAUCAAUAAAAGGACAUCAUCAAGUUUCUCCUGGAGCAGAGUUCAGAAGGCUGCUGUACGCGUGGAACUGUGAGGAUCUGAGCUGAUCUGUGGUCAGGAUGCCUCUGCUGUUUCUGGAGCGUUUCCCCUGGCCUAGUUUGCAGACAUACACGGCCCUGUCCGCCCUCCUGCUGGCCGGGACCGUUCUGAGUGCCUACAGCACCGUCAGAGACUCCGAGUUCAGCUCUGCCCUCAAUGAAGAGUCCCAGGAUGAGGAGCUGAAGCUGGAGAAUCUGGGAAAUGUGGCCACCGGCGUCCUGCUGCACCUCAUCACUGACAGCCUGUUUGUUUGGGUGAUGGUGAACACCGCCUGCUGCAUCCUGAUGUUGAUAGGAAAAGUGAUCCAGUGCAUUGUGUUCGGGCCACUGAGAGUCAGUGAGAAACAGCACCUGAAGGAUAAGUUCUGGAACUUCAUCUUCUACAAGUUUAUCUUCAUCUUCGGAGUGCUGAACGUGCAGCGGGUGGAGGAGGUGGUGCUGUGGUGUCUGUGGUUCUCCAUGCUCAUCUUCCUUCAUCUGAUGGUGCAGCUCUGCAAAGACCGGUUCGAAUAUCUCUCGUUUUCUCCGACAACGCCGAUGAGCAGUCAUGUGCGAGUCCUGGCUCUGCUGGUGUCUGUAUUGUCGUGUUGUGGUGGUUUAGCCGUGCUCUGCGCUCUCGUCGGUCAUAUUCACGGCAUGCACACCGUCGCUUUCAUGGCGGCCGAGUGUUUGCUGGUGACGGUGCGCACAGGACACGUCAUCAUACGGUAUUCAAUUCACCUGUGGGAUCUGAACCACGAGGGAACCUGGGAGAACAAGAGCUCGUACAUUUACUACACCGAUUUCAUCAUGGAGUUGGCAAUCCUCUCCCUGGACCUGAUGCAUCAUAUACAUAUGCUGCUCUUUGGAAACAUCUGGUUGUCCAUGGCCAGUCUGGUGAUCUUCAUGCAGCUGCGGCAUCUCUUCCAUGAGGUGCAGAGACGAAUCCGCAGACAUAAAAACUACCUGCGUGUUAUCGACAACAUGGAGUCCAGGUUUGCUGUGGCGACGCCUGAGGAGCUAGCCACUAAUAAUGAUGACUGCGCCAUCUGCUGGGACUCCAUGACCACAGCACGCAAACUCCCCUGUGGACACCUUUUCCACAAUUCCUGUCUGCGCUCGUGGCUGGAGCAGGACACUUCCUGUCCCACCUGCCGAAUGUCACUGAACAUCCAUGAAGGUGGGCGGGAGCGGGAGGAAGGUCAGAGGGAGCCGCUGGAGGACAAUAUGGCUGCUGCUGGAGCAGCAGACGCCCGGGCACACAUCAACCAGCACAACCACUUCUUCCACUUCGAUGGUUCUCGUAUUGCCAGCUGGCUGCCCAGUUUCUCAGUGGAGGUCAUGCACACCACCAACAUCCUAGGCAUCGCUCAGGCCAACAACUCCCAGCUUAACGCCAUGGCCCAUCAGAUCCAGGAGAUGUUCCCGCAGGUGCCGUAUCAUCUGGUCCUGCAGGACCUUCAGCUCACGCGCUCUGUGGAGGUCACCACCGAUAACAUCCUGGAGGGACGGAUUCAGGUGCCGUUUCCCACACAGUCCACAGAUCGCACACCCAUACAGAUGAACGCGGCUUCUGAAGACGCAGCCGGAGCCAGCAGCGGUUCAGAGGUCGCGGCUCCAGAGGCUGAGGACUUUGAGGUGCGAGGGAGCCGCUUUUCCAAAUCCGCAGAUGAGAGACAGAGGAUGCUAAUGCAGAGGAAAGAAGAGCUGCUCCUAAGAGCUCGCAGACGAUAUCUGCACAAAAAACCUGAAGAUGGAGACGUAUAUUCUGUUCCUGGCGCUGAUAAUGAUGACUCUAUGCCCUCCAUUGAGGACGAAGACUCUGAUUCAGUGACCCUGCGGCGCAGACGACUGGCAGCCGCCGCUGAGAGACGCAUUCUGAGACAGGAGCCUUCCCCAUUCUGAGCCCAGCAAACACAUGCAUGAAUCAACUGUGAUGCUGAAUUUUGGGUUGAUCAACUAUGAUGCAACUAUAUAUGUACCCAUCCAACAUUACAACUAAUAUAUGGUGGCAUUGGCACACCAGUGAAUUACAGUUCAAUUUCAGCUAGCGUCAAGUUAAACGAGGCACAUGCAUUAUUGGUUCAUGCAUCUGCCCUAGACAAAAAUCUUGUACGUAAAUAAGAGCAUGGAUAGCAGCUCAUACACAAAAAUGGGAGGGGCUUUUAUUUUGUUUAUUUUUUGAAUGCUGCGUUUCUUAAACAUCUUUAUAAACGAGUUUUAACAAAAUGGCGUUGCAUACUAACAGUUGGACUCUGAGUCUGGAGCUUAAACAACAAACAGCAUGCUGGGGCUUUAAAUUUAGAGUUUUUUCUUCAACCGGCUGUGGUUUAGCAGUGUUUGAAUCGGCUUGCGUUGAGUCUUGUAUGCUUACAAUGCCAUCUUGGCACUUUAGAGCUGCAGAAGACUGGAAAGUGGCGUAGAUUCUAGAGCAGAGUUUCUCAACCAUGUUCCUGGAGGACCACCAGCACUGCAUGCUUUCCAUGUCUUAACUAAACACACCAGAUUCAGAUCAUCAGCUCGUUAGCAGAGACUGAAAGACCUGUAAUGAGUGUGACAAAGGAGACAUCCAAAACGUGCAGUGCUGGUGCUCCUCAACCACAUUCCUGUGGAACCACCAGCCCUGCACAUUUUCCAGGUCUUCUUAACCAAACACGCCAGAUUCACAUCAUCAGCUCGAUAGCAGAGACUGAAAGACCAGUGAUGGUUGUGACAGACAAAGGAGACAUCCAAAACGUGCAGUGCUGGUGCUUUUCCAGAAAUGUGGUUAAGAAACACUACUCAAUUGCAGUGUUUCUCAACAGUUUCUCAUCUCUCUAUUCCUGCGGAACCACCAGCCCUGCACAUUUUCCAUGUCUCCUUAACCAAACACACCUGAUUCACAUCAUCAGCUCAUUAGCCAAGACUGAAAGACCUGUAAUGGGUGUGACAGACAAAUCAGACAUCCAGAACGUGCAGUGCCGGUGCUCCUCCAGGAAUGUGGUUGAGAAACACUGUUCUAGAGCAGUGUUUCUCAACCACGUUCCUGUGGAACCACCAUGCCUGCUCAUUUUCCAUGUCUCUUUAACCAAACACACCUGAUUCAGAUCAUAAGCUCGAUAGCAGAGACCAAAAGACCUGUAAUGGUUGUGACCGACAAAGGAGGCAUCCAAAACAUGCAGUGCUGGUGCACCUCCAGGAAUGUGUGCAGUGUUUCUCAACCACGUUCCUGUGGAACCACCAACACUACACAAUAACCAUGUCUCCUUAAUCCAACACACCUGAUUCACAUCAUCAGCUCAUUAGCAGAGACUGAAAGACCUGUGAUGGGUGGUGACAGACAAAGCAGACAUCCAAAACAUGCAGUGCUGGUUGUCCUCCAGGAACGUGGUUGAGAAACACUGCUCUAAGGUGUGUUAUCACAUUUUUGUGAUGACAAAUGAAUUCUUUUAUGCAUUGGUUUAGUCACACGGUCUUGUUUCUCUUGCCAUAGUGUUGUCUUUCGAAACAGACGUGCUUUAUAUUGAAUUCAUCUCGCAUUCUGAAUUUGCUUUUGGUGUUUAUGUGUGAGUGUAAUAAAUGGGGGUGCCCCAGGCUUUGUUUUAGGUCCGGUUAGGUUUUAGUAUGACACUGUGAUUUCCGUUUUGUGCAGGAGAUUCUGAUAUAAGCAUAUAUCCUUUAAUUAGGGUAGAUGCUGUAUUAAGCUUGUUUUCAGAUUAAAUCGAGAGUCUACCCUGACUAAAGUGCAUUCGUUUGGGUUUUGCAAACAAGACGCACACAAUAACGGUGUGUUUUGUAGCAUUUUGUUGACGCCGUUGCAUUUGAAUGGUUUUAAAUACCUUUAUUAUGUACUAGUACCUAUAAAUGCUUGUGUUUUUACUGGCCACAUGGCAUUGAUGAUGGAUUUUCGUGGGAUAAUUUGAUAUGGACAAUUCAGAGCGAGCUUUAUUGCGAUUUUUGCCUUCUGUUAAUUAACCGUAAACCCAAACUUUAUUAAAUUGACAACUUAUUGGCUGUAAAGCCUAUUCGUCAACCUCAAAAAAAGAAGAGUACGUCUUCAGAAUCGUCUCUGAUGUGUUACACUGUGAAUCUUCUACUCUGUCAUAAUUUUAUUGGACUUUCUUUUUUAUUUUUACCUGUCAUGUGGACGUCCUUUUCUAUGCAUGAAGUCACAGACUGUUUGUGUUCAUGUCUGUUUAUUGUUCAAGUUUCCCAAAGACUUUCCUGCUGAUUUACUUUACUGAAGCUGGUGGUUGUGACGCCCGCAGGUUGCUGUAUAAAUGUUUCGGUUGCACAGAUGCACCUUUCAACAGUAUUUCUUAAACUUUCAAAUGUGUUAAUGACGUCCACUGGGUUGGUUCAGAUAAUAAUAAUACACGUUUUGGUUGAGCUUCAGGCCGUUUCGUGAAAACCAGAAGGAAUUGGAUUGCUUUAUGGACACACUUCAUUCAUUUGUGCCUCAAAUCUACAAUGGAUCAAUAAUAGUUUGAUUUGUGUAAAUACUUUUGUAAUUAAAACUGUACAAAUAUGUGAAAUGAUCCUGUACAAAAUUAAAGUCACAGCUGCUUUAGGAGCUUUUACCCACA